AUGCUUGGGAAUACGUGGAAAACAGCGUCGGUUAUCACUCUUUUGGCCGGCGCGGCCUCUGCCAUUGAUCUCGAUAUCAAGGAUGAGCAGUCCAUUAAGAGCGCAGCUCACACCGCCGCGUAUGGCGCCAUGUCAUACUAUCAAGGCAACCUGACCGGUCACAUCCCCGGCGCGUUCCCUUCCAAGUGGUGGGAAGGUAGCGUCCUGUUCGAUACGAUGAUCCACUACUGGUAUCUAACCGGCGACGACUCCAACAACCCGGCCGUCAUUCAGGGAAUGAACUGGCAAAGCGGCGACAACAAUGACUACUUCACUGCAAACUAUAGCUCGUAUAUGGGUAACGAUGAACAAUCGUCUUGGGGACUUGCUGUCAUGACCGCUGCGGAGUUUGGCUUCCCGCAAUCGUCUUCGGAAGUUUCGUGGGCAACCAAGGCAGCCGCCGUGUUCAAUUCGCAGGUGGGCCGCUGGGAUGAUACCACCUGUGGCGGUGGGCUACGGUGGCAGAUCUAUACCUACCAGCCCGGCUAUGGUAUCAAGGACGCUAUGUCCAACGGUGAAUUCUUUGAGUUGGCUGCUCGCCUGGCCCGGUACACGGGUAACACAACGUACUCCGACUGGGCUGAGAAAAUCUGGAGCUGGAGUUCUUCUGUCCCACUCUUGAACAAUGAGACCUGGAUUAUCACAGACUCUACGAAUACCGAGCACCAAUGCGGGACUAGUGAUAAGGCCCAGUGGUCUUUAAACUAUAGUCCAUACGUCACCGGCGCAGCUUUUAUGUACAACCUGACCAACGGAGACUCGAAGUGGAAAUCUGGCGUAGAUGGCCUCCUGAACACCAGUUUCACCGCUUUCUUCCCUGCAAAAUAUGGUGGAGAUAUCAUGUCAGAAUAUGAAUGUGAACCGCGGGAGCUUUGCAACAAUAACGAAAUUCUCUUCAAGGGAAUUUUUAUGCGUGAUCUCGCCUUGGUUUCUACCGUCGCCCCGUACACAAUGAAUGACAUCCUGCCACGUCUGCAGGGCUCUGCUUCGGCAGCCGCGGAGGCUUGCACCGGCGAAUCAAAUAACACUUGUGGGAUGCGAUGGUACGUCAAGGAAUACGAUGGCGAGAAGGGGAUGGAACAGCAGCUCAGCGCAGCUAGUGUGUUCGCGGCAAAUCUAGUUGCUUUUGGUAAAAAUAACUUGGCCACUCAGUCUGCAAGUGCGAAUGCCACGUCCACCAACCCGAACACGACGGAGACGGGAGCCACUGGAACUCACACUGCUUCGAGUGCUUCGGGCACUUUGGCCAAUAGCGCUAGUGUGCUUGUGGGUGGACCGUUAGCGAUUUCUGCGACCGUGUUGGCUGGCAUUAUGGCCCUUUUCUAA